UCGUAGAGUUUAUCCCAAACUCUGGUAUGUAGACAUGAGUCGACCAUCACCCAAACGGUUUGCGUGUGAUCGAUGCCGUGAUCAGAAACUCCGAUGUCCACGAGACGAGAAAAGUAGUGACGCGUGUGCUCGAUGCCUGCGGGCGGGAGCUGUCUGUGUGACCGGCUGCACCAGGCUAAUAGGACGUCCUCCCCGUGCCACCACCAACACCACAACGCCCUCCGCCGUGACAUCGACUGCCACGGUUACGACAGCUUCAACUUCAACCUCAGCCUCAAAUUCAUCCCUAAGUCCCACCUUGAAAUACCCGGCGCUUCUCCACCACCGCUCCAUGUCGGCUUCCUCUGCCACGAGCAGACAGCACCUCGAGUCUGUCUCUACACGCCGGAGAAGAGAUCCUCGAUCCACGCGAACGAGCGCACGGCCGGUUCUUCUCAACGACCAUCAUGGUGACAGGAACGCCCUCCCAUCAGUGUCUCCGAUAAUCCAGAAACCCUUUCAACAGAGUAGCGGUUCGGACGAUAUCUUUCGGCUGCCGCUGAUAGAAGAAGGUCCAAAUCAGCCUAUCUGGCUGAAAUCUCCUUCUUCCAAUCUGCCAGAUUCGGGGCUGGUGCAGGGAGACUUUCCCCAGCCCACCACCCUCGAUGGCGUUCCACCUCUACUCACAUCAGGGGCACACGCACAAUCAGCAGCCGUACCGCGAUUGACCAGUACUCUACCGGCUGCAGAGGAUACCUUGGAUAGAUUUCAUGACCUGUACACAGCUGAUCAAUUCUUGUCCCAGGAUCUCGAUCAAUAUCCCGACUUCGCCGGCAGCCAAUUACCUGAGCUUCCUGAUGGCUGCGACGCAGUGCUAUGGCUGGCAAACCUGAACGGGAGUAUUUCUCGCCAGUUGGCGCAGGUAUCCACUCGUCCAUGUAUAGACCCUUGCAAUAUGGCACCAGGCCAGACGGCUAUUUUCAGUGACCUGUAUGAGCCCUCCCCCGGUGCCGCCGAAACUAACCCGCUGGGGGAAUUGCUCUAUUGUACGUUCAACUUCUUAAACAUCUUACGUGCAAUGGACGCCACACCGUCCCCUUCCUCGUCUUCUUCAUCCGCAUCCCUCAAGUCGCCAAGCUUGGAACCGCUGGAGUUGAUGAAUGGUCUCACCAAUGGGAGACCGUCAUCACCGAUGGGCGGCUUUCAGCCACAUUGGACCUCGUCCCGAACUGUACCUUCGAAUACUCCCACGAUUCUGAUGAUUAUUACCACCUAUUUGCAGCUCGUCCGGCUCUACGAUGCGGCAGUUGCACGCAUCUAUGCCUCUCUCUUGGAGAUGCCGGAGAGAGAGGUAGCUUCUUUCCAGGCGCUGCCGGGACUGCGGCUGGGAGGUUUCCCAUUGUUGCAUGGCAAUCUGCAUAUCAAGAUCAUCCUGCAGGUUCUGGAGCAUCAGUUAAUCCUGAUCGAGCGAGUGAUGGGCCUUCCGGCCGAGUACCGCCUUUCCACCCAACAGGAAACGGCUGAGGGCAUUUUCCGGAACUCCGAGUUAUUAGUGCUACUUCGAGCCGUUAUGGGCCAAAAAGCAAGCUCCUGCGAUAGCACGGGCUUGCAUUACGUCGUUUCCUUUAAGGACAACCUGCAAAAGGUGCAACAGUUGCUUCAGGGCUAAGGCGAGGUCCGAAAAAAUUGUUGUAGGCAGGUGUAAAAUUUUUUCCAGAGCGAAAUAAUUGAACAUAAGUUCAAUAUUCGGAACUGACUUCAGUAAAUAUACAUUUAGAUACUUCGUCCGAGAACCGCAUUAGCAGAUUGUCAACAACCAUCACAGCGGUUUGGAAGUGAUAUGCCGUUGUGCGUCUGAUGUCCUUCAGUGGACUUUCCUAACACACAGCGUAAACCCUAACUACAAGGACACACAAUACAUAUUGAUAAAUCCAUUCACG